CUGAUCAAAGCACACCAGUCUGAGAGAAUCAGCUCGAUCUUUGUCCUGAAACAUCCUCCAAAUAUAACAUCAUGGCUAAAGCUUACCUGCAAGGUGUUGAGAUUUCUGCAACACAGUUCCUGGAUAUCUGGCACCAUUAUGACAAUGAUGGUAAUGGAUAUAUUGAAGGGAAGGAGCUGCAAAAUUUUAUCAAGGAACUUCAGCAAGCUCGAAAACAAGCUGGAUUAGAAUUAACAGAAGCAAUGAAGGUUUUUGUGGAGAAGUAUGGACAGAAUGCAGAUGCCCAGAUAGGCAUGGUUGAGCUUGUACAGAUCUUACCCACAGAUGAGAACUUCUUGUUGUUCUUUCGACAACAGCUAAAGUCGUGUGCAGAAUUCAUGCAGGCCUGGCGAAGAUAUGAUGCUGAUCAUAGUGGCUACAUCGAAGCAGAUGAACUGAAGAGUUUUCUGAGAGAUCUACUACAGAAGGCCAAAAAAUCUUAUGAUGACAAGAAAUUAGAAGAGUAUACACAAACGACGCUGAAAAUGUUUGAUUCCAACAAUGAUGGGAAGCUUUGCUUGGCAGAAAUGGCAAGAUUACUACCCGACCAGGAAAACUUUCUACUAAAAUUUCAGAAUGUGAAAAUGCCAGCCAAAGAGUUUAAUAACAUUUUUGAAUUAUAUGACCAGGAUGGUAAUGGAUACAUGGAUGAGAAUGAACUGGAUGCCUUACUUAAAGACCUUUGUGAAAAGAAUAAAAAGGUGUUAGACAUCAACAACAUUGCAACCUACAAGAUCACCAUCAUGGCUUUAUCUGACGGAGGGAAGCUCUACAGAACGGAGCUGGCGCUUGUCCUUUGCGCUGAUGAAAACUGAGAAACAAUCCUCUGAAAUCUCCGCUCACUAGUGAUCUGUGUAAAGAUAGCUGUAUAAGGGUGUAGGGUGUAUUUUUUCCUUUUUUUCUGUUCUGUAAAUUUAACUGACAACGUAUAGAUACAUCACUGGGAUCUGCGGCACAUACUUUACAAUCUGUUGUUUCUAUACUGUUUGUAAUGUACAGCUUUUGUAAUUAUGACCAUCACUAUUAUGUGAUACAUUACAUUUUUGCUUCUCUACUGCUUUAAGAAGGGAUAUUGGAAAAGCUAUAUGUAUUGCUGAAUACUGUUAAUAACUACUGUAUUUAAAAGUUGUAUCUUGUUGACACUAGUAACAAUUUUCUGCUUGAGAAUCUUUUAGCCAAAGCAAUAAUAUCUUAAAAAUAAAAUGUAAUUAACAGGGGCAUCUGUGCUAAAAAAAAUAAAUAAAUAAAAUAAGUAGCCGGAAGAUUAUGUAAACUGACAAUAUUCAGUUAAAUGUAUUUUGGGCUUAAUCUGUAAUUAUGAAUUAGAAAGCCAAUUAGUCACAGAGUCUCAUAAAUAUCUGAAGAAUUAACUAUGCCAUGUCACCUAUGAAUAGCCCAAGUUCCAAAGUAUUGUCAACCCUUUUGCACUGUAACGAGUGACUAGCUGCAGUAUGUUUUACAGCAGACUCACUGUGUAACCUGUAAUUAAAUAUUGAGCAACGCCA